AGAUCUGACUACUGUACUUCUGUCUACUACCAUCAUAGCAAAUCUGAUUUAAGAAAUACCAUGAAUGAAUAUUCCUCCCCUUUCUGUGGCAAAUUACUAAUUUAUGUCUUCCCAAUAUUAAAUAGUUUGGACAAAAAUCACAGCUCACUCUUUCGAGUCUGCUUUGAUUUCUCCAUAAACACAAGCACUGUCUUAUCUGACACAAUGGGUCGUCACUCCUCUACAGUUGCAUAAUCAUUUUGGAGUAAACAGAGGGUGUGUUAAAAUCUGUCCACAUGCAUACGUGGCUGCGUCGGUGACACAAACAAACAAAGGUUCAGUUAGUACAGUACAGUGGGUGUCAGUGAGUCAUGGCGAUCUUUAACUACUUGUUGCUGGUUUGGUGUUUGGUGCCGCUGGUACUGAGCUACCCGUUCUACCCACCGACCUGCUACACCAAGGUGCUGAACAUGGCACUGGAGGUCACCCAGUGGGCCGCACAUUUGAAGCUGGGCCAUGAAACUAGGUACUGCAUGGCUCACAUGCCAGAUCUCUACCUUGAUGUCCAUAAUGCUUGUAUGAUGUACAAACUGAGGACCUACAUCUCCCUGGUGGAAGGCAUGCGAGAUCGCCGCUGUGCUUACACCAGAGAUGUGAGGAAGAUGGCUGGCACUCUGAGACAGCUCUUCAUCAUCAUGUCAGAGAAAUGUCACGGGGACUUGGUGUUCACGAGCUAUGAUUGUGCUGCACUGGAGCGCUAACAUCCUGGAUCCUGUGAUCACAAUAUUACUGUCUGAAAGCAAUACAGUCCUUCAAUGUACGUUCUUCAAGCAUGUGCAAUGACUGAAAGUUUAAAUCUACGCUGACUGUUGCUUGUGUUACUAAAACUGUAUUUUAAUCAUCUAUAUAUAUAUAUAUAAUGGGGUAUAUUGCCACUAGUUAUCACAUCUUUCCUAUGGAAUAUGACUGAGGAAACAUUUCAUAUAAUAAACUUUAUUCAAACGC